CCGACCCCAGUGCAGUGGCUGAUGCAGGAAAUUACUUCCUACUUGCAAUGUUUGGAGCCAAGAACACUGAAGAUCUAGAUUGUCUCCGCUACCAGUCCUACUUGAAAGCGAUUGCAAAGCAGCCUAUACAUGCAUUACUGAAGUUGGAUGCACUAGCCCCCACUUCAGGAGCGUCCAGACAGCAUUCAUUUAGGACCUACCACCAGGUACAACAGUGGCUGAAUGAAGAUAAGGAUCCACUCGAGUGGGGUUGGAAGAAGAUUGGCGACCACCUGACACCAAUUACAACAGCACGUCCUGCAGCACCCCAGGAAUUACUGUCCCUUAUAAUGUGUACUUGCAAAGAUGAAUGCGUUCGUAAUUGUGAAUGCAGAAGGAGUGGUCUAAACUGCACUAGCAUAUGCAGCAAUUGCUCAGGCCAAGCAUGUGAUAACAUGGACAAUAAUAACAUCUUAGACGACGAGCUAGAGGAGGAGGAUAAUGUACUGGAGGAUGAGUGA